CAGAAAACUUAACAAGUUUAGCUUGACAAUGUUGUUUGAGUAUUAUCCCAAUUUAUAUUAAAUAUUGGAUAUCAAAAAGGGAAAAAUAAUAAUAAUAAAAAAAUGGCAUGUAUUGUAAAUUUCUUGACGAAAAGGGCUAAAACCAAAACCUACAAUCUCUUUUAUCUGUGUAGUUAUUCUCACCUUUGCCAUAACAAUCUCUCCAAUCCAUUCCAAUAUUAUUACAAAUCUUUGCCUUUGUAUUGAAGUUGUCCCCAUUCUUUCUCUCUUUCAAAAAUUCAAUUCCCAGAAAUUAAAAGAAGAAAAAGAAGUCUUGCUCUGUCUGGGUCUGAAUCUUAGACAUUCAGAGACUCAUUUUUUCUUACAAAUUUGAUAAAAUCCAACUAUCUCUGUAGCUCCACAGAAGAAAGAAAGAAUAAAGACAAAAACAAAGAAAUAAAGUCCAUGAUUUUUUAGGACCUAUCCUAUAUGGUUCAUCCUUUUCAGAGCUUCAAUUCCAUCAAGAUUUUGUUUCCUUCCGGUAAUUGGACAUCCCUUCUUAAAAGGGUAUCUCUGGUUUUGCUGUUAAUCUUUGUGAAUUCGUUGUAUAUCAUUGCUGAAAACCCCAUUGGCGUCACAACAACAAACACCAUGAAGGUCCAUCCCAUGCCCAAGAAGCGAAACAUCACAAUCCACUACGAGAUAAACAAUCGAAGAGACACCGCUUCGGAAUCUCGGGCGGGUCUGACCCACAAGAAACUCCGGAGACUCCCCCAUGUCUUUAGUCGGGUUUUGGAGCUACCGUUUCGGUCCGAUGCCGAUGUCUCGGUUGAGGAGAGCGCUGAUUUCUUCCGAUUCGUGGCCGAGACGGAGGGUUUCGGCGUCGAUGUGAGGGCCCACACGGUCGAAAUCCAUCCUGGGGUGACGAAGAUUGUGGUUAGAGGAAGUGGGUCAACGGAGUUGUCCUUGGACGAGCUCGAACUCGACAUGUGGAGGUUUCGGUUGCCGGAGACGACGCGACCGGAGCUCGCUAGGGCGGUCUUUGUUGACGGCGAGCUCAUAGUGACGGUGCCGAAGGGAGAGGGCGUUGAGAACUCGGAGCACGGAGGAGAUGGCGGUGGAGAGGUUUGGGGCGAUGGCACUGGAAAUGGGAAUAAUUUCCGAGGAGGUAUGGGAAGUCGGCUUGUGCUUGUACAGUAAUAAAGAAAUGCCCUUUUAAAUUUUACUUUCUUGUUCUUAAGUUGGAUUUAGUUUACAAAGUUAAAUGAUGAUGAUAAUGCUGUUGUUGAUGAAACUAGUAGUUGUAUGCUUCUUUCGUUAAGUCAAUUAAGAAUGUUGUUUUUGUUAAAA